UAAUAAUAUGAUAAUGUUUUUUUCUUAAUUGGAAAUUUCUUUUAUAAAAAUCACAUACUAUUAAUUAUGAUUAAAAGUGUUCAUUAUGUCAUAUGCCUCGCAAAGCUUUAAAAACGUGUACCAUAUAUCGUAAAACUAUUAAUUAUGUUAUAAUUGUAAAUUUUUGAUGGUAAAAAUAAAUUUAUUUUUGUACAUCGUAGAUACAUCAUUAAACAUAAACUAUCGAAACAUUAGGGUUAAUAAUGAAAUUGUUUAUGUAAUAAAAAUACAAAAUAAUUUUAAAAAGUUAUUUUAAUUUAAUUUUCACGUUACUUCGAACAAAACAAGUAGACAAACGUUCUCUACUUCUGUCUCAAAAGCCAAAACACAAUCAAAACUUGUGAAAAACUUGGCUUUCUUUAGACUUUACAAUAGCUCCCAAUUACUUUUACUUUCAUAUAUAAAUUAUUUAAAUAUGUUUAUUUGCCAAUAUCUAGGUUGAACCGGAUUUACCUGAACCCAACUCCAGGUAUAGAAUAUACCAGGGGGAAUACAAGGUGUAGUGUACACCCGGAGUAGGACGGAGAACUAACUAGUUGAUUCGCAACCUCCAGUCCACGAACUGUCCCAUCUAAAUAUUAAAUAAACAAACUUAAAAACAAUCCAAAAAAUUCAGAAAGAAAGUCAUCAAAAAUGUAAAAUGUCGUCACAAUACUAAAAUAAAACCAGGAGAAUAAAUAUACAGUUCAAAAAUACUUAUUUAAAAAGAUUAAUUUAGAAUGAACGGGUUGAGCAAGACAGGAAGAAAAGUUGUUCUGUUGAACUACACUGAUCAGGAAUCAAAUACUACUACUAUUGAUCUUCGUCUCAGCGGAGAUCAAGAUCUAAGCAGAGAUCAAGAGUUAAGCGGAGAUCAAGAGUUAAGCGGAGAUAAAGACGUAAGCAGAGAUCAAGAGUUAAGCGAAGAUCAAGACUUAAGCGAAGAUCAAGAAUUGAGUGUAGAAACAGAAUUAAGUGGAGAUCAAGAGUUAAGUGGAGAUCAAGAAUAUAUUAGCGAUUACCAAGAAUUUAUUGGAGAUCAAGAACUUAGUGGAGAUCAAGAAUUUAGUGAAGAUCAAGAACUUAGUGGAGAUCAAGAACUUAGUAGAGAUCAAGAAUUUGGUGGAGAUCAAGAACUUAGAGGAGAUCAAGAACUAAGUGGAGAUCAAGAACUUAGUGAAGAUCAAGAACUUAGUGGAGAACAAGAACUUAGUGGAGAUCGAGAACUUUGUGGAGAUAAAGAAUUUAGUGGAGAUCAAGAAUUUAGUGGAGAUCAAGAACUUAGUGGAGAUCAAGAACUUAGUGGAGAUCGAGAACAUAGUGGAGAUCACAAACUUAGUGGAGAUCGAGAAUUUAAUGAAGAUCAAGAACUUAGUGGAUAUCAAGAACUUAAUGGAUAUCAAGAACUUAAUGGAUAUCAAGAACUUAGUGGAGAUCAAGAACUUAAUGGAGAUCAAGAAUUUAUCAAAAAUCAAGAACUAAUGGAACAUUAUGUAGAAAAUCAAGAUUUGAAAGAAGAGAAUGAAUAUACAUUCUUUAACAAAGAAAAUAGUAAUGCAACAAGUUUCCGUGACUACAUCUUCAGUUCAGAAUCAAAAAAUGUAACUUUUUCGGAUAAUUUCCAAGAAUUUCAAAAUGUAACUCUUAACAUAGGUGUUGAAGGGGAAAAGAUCAGGGAUGCAGUCGAAGCUGAUCUAACCAGUGGUGAGAUCGGUUCAACAUAUCUUCUGGAUUUUGAUCCAGGUUCUGGAGGUAUAUUUGAUGAUUUUCUUGAAACUGAAUCUGGCUCCGGGUACUCUGGAAGACACGGGUUCGGACUUUUUAACGGUUUCUCCGAGGAAGAGAGUUUGAGAAACAUCUCCGGAACUCCGGAGGAGGAGCUGCACCUGCUCUUGAGGAACGUGACGAGGACGGUGGUGAGGAGGGAGGAGGAGUAUGAGUCCAACCUGGCGAUCCUCAUCACACUUGUCAUCCUCUCAAUACCUCCGGCAAUCUUUCUUAUUCAAUUCAUUCUCAGAAGAAGAAAGCGAUGGACUGGAAUCAAUUUAAUUAUAUCUUGGAGUAGGUUCAUCACGCUCUUUGCUCUCAUUCUUCCUAUUAGUAAGGUUGUGAACAGUAUGGAUCUAGAGUGUACAGCUGUACAUCUUCUUCUGCCUGGGAUUAUUCUUCAUGAGAAAUUGUGCCUAACCAUUGCUGUACUGCUCAGAUAUUUAUACAUCUUUAACCGUUCCUGGAUACUUCGUUCCUAUCCAAACAUCAUUCCAACCCUCACACUUUUGGCUUUAGGAGGGAUUUUACUCUCGCUACCCUUUAUAUCUCUUACUAAGGAGUAUCCUCCACUCUUCAUGGCAUGUACAGGCUGGGAGAGUAAGGAUUCUCCAACCUUCAUCUUUCUGUUCACGUACAUAGUGAUCUGGAUAAAUACAGUUCUAGUAGAUAUUUUCUGUUUUAUUAGAAUAGUAAACUUCAUGAGAGUGAAUAAGCUGAGAGUAAAUGUCGUUGCUGAUACUCACAAUGAGAAUCUUGCUAUGGUUAACAUCAUUAAUAGUACUAGCAGUUUGUUGAUCUGGUUGGUCACAUGUGUAUGUAUGGUUCCAACUUUGCUUCUUCAGUACGCCAGUCCUUGGGACAGAAGUAAUGAGGAGGAAAAAAUUACAGAAUACUAUUAUACGCUUAUUAUCAUCAUUCUCAACGUGGUUGUUCCGCUCUGUAUAAUCGGGAGCAGUCCUGAGAUGAGACAUUACUUUAAAAAACUUAAAGCUAAGGUUGAACAAUGUGGAGAAAGAUAUUGUGGAUGUACAGUUAACCAAAGUGAACCAGCAAACCGGGCCGAAAUCUACGCCAUUACAGAGGCUAGAGGAAUAGAACCGGUUAUUGGAAGCAGAAAGAGAGCUGCGCGGCAACGGCCCACUGACCAGGCCGGAAUGGGGACCCCUGGCGCUAGUACACGCAAUCACAUGCACAUGAGAAAAGAAACUGCAGAAACAGCAAACAUUUAGAUCUCUAAUUUCUUUAUUGUUUAAUUUAAAGCAUUCUGUUUUUGAAAUUUGACAUCAAAAAAGAAUCAUUAAUAAUUUAAUGAAUACUUAAUAAUAAAAAUCAGAAAAUCCAAUCUAAUGUGCACUUUACAUAAUUGUUCCGUU